AUGGACGUGGACGAUAUCUGCGAGGGUUUUUUUGAUUUGGGGAGCCUUUGGGACAUUACAAUUGACGACGUUACUCUUUCAGAAGCAACUGAGCACCUAUGGGACACUACAAUUGACGACAUUACUCUUUCGCAAGCAACCGAGCAGAUAGAGAAGGAGAUUGAGUGCGAAAAUUUGCUAGAGAACAUCACCCUAUCUCAGGCAAUCACCUUGUACAACCCCGGACCCGAUGACAUGGAAUUGAACUACGCGGUUGAUUUUGAUAUGCUCGCAAAAAAGGAGGGAGGAUCUAAGAUGCCGGUGGGUCGUUAUGAUCAUUUUGUAAAUGACAGUGAUUUAAAAGAGUUGGUUAAUUCAACAGAGAGCAAGAACACCCGCAAGAACACAUAUUGGUCGGUAACUACUUUUAACGACUGGCGCUCCGCUCGGAUGUUGACAACAGGCGACCAGAUUCCGGAUAUUCUGUCGUUCUCUGCAGAGGAACUUAAUUUUUGGUUGUCAAGAUUUGUUGUUGAAACGCGACGCAAAGAUGGCAAGGCGUACCCUCCAAAAACACUUUACAUGCUGUGUACUGGACUUUUAAGACAUUUGCGAGAAAAUGGUGUGCAUUUGAAUUUUCUAGAUGAAAAGAACUCCCAAUUUUACGAAUUCCGGAAGACUCUUAGCGCGCGAAUGGCAGAACUUACCACACAAGGAGUGGGGACGUCUACUAAGCAGGCCGAGCCGAUUUCUGAAGAGGUAGAACAUGUUCUUUGGGAAAAGGGUCUCCUCGGCAACAGUACAGGAGAAUCUAUGCUAAAUACUCUCUUUUUCUACAAUUGCAAACUUUUUGGUCUGAGAGCUGUUGACGAACACAAAACAUUAUCUGUAGACCAGUUUGAGUUGGGUCAAGACCAAAAGGGCAAGUUUAUAAAUUUCACAGGAAGGGCAAAUAAGACAUACAAAGGUAAAAUGAUUUACUAA